CGGUUGCCCUCCUCCAAGGACGAAUGCUUCAUGAUUGGUGCCUUGAGUCUGUGACAUCACCUGCGGGCAGACUAUUUCUGGACAAUGAGUUGCGUCUUUGAGAGAUUUUUCUAAUCAGGCUGGAGGAAGGUAAUUUAAUGAUUUCCAAGAGGAGCUCUCAGCACUACAGGAAGAUUUGAAAGAGGAGUACCUCGUGUAUACAGCAAUUCAAGAAUGAGCGACGCCAAUACCCUCAACACCACAGAAGUGGCAGCUGGUCCCACCACACCACGCAAGGGACCUCCCAAGUUCAAGCAAAGGCAGACAAGACAGUUCAAAAGCAAGCCCCCAAAGAAAGGAGUAAAAGGGUUUGGAGAUGACAUUCCAGGUAUGGAGGGACUUGGAACAGAUAUUACUGUGAUCUGUCCCUGGGAGGCUUUCAGCCAUCUGGAACUGCAUGAGCUGGCACAGUUUGGUAUCAUCUAAGUCACCAGAAUCACUGCUGGUGUCUUCCAAGGUUCCAGAAUGGUCUUCUUCACCAUUGACACUUAUUUUCGGCCCUUCCAUCCACCUGCUGACAUUCUGUUGAGCACAUGCAGGGUGGCUUCAUGAGAUUCACCUAGUUCUAAACAAUUCCUUCCAGAUUAACUUGGCAAGAAGUUAUCAGGGACCCUGAAUAUUCACCAGGCUUCAUCUGAUGAAACUAUUGGAAAUGUUUAAACAUCUCUGUAAAAUAUCCUGUCUUCCCCCUGGAGUGUUCAUGUGUGUGAAGUCUCACCUGUAUCCCCUGACUCCUGGGAUGCUGUAUGUAUGAAUUUUCACCAUAUAUCCCCCGCUCUGAGUUACCUGAGAUACUGUCUGUAUGUGCCUAUUUGAAGUCUUAUCCUAUAUUCCCACCCUUGACCCUAUAAAAUCUAACUCUGAAUUAAACCCAUCGCCCACUCUCAGGCUUUCCAUGUAUAUGUGAAGUCCAACAGAUGUGGAUGAGAUUCCCAUGAUAUCUGAGCCAGCAAUCAAUUGCUCGGUGUAUUUUCAUAGGGAACAGAGUCCUGAGAGUCACCUAUCCACCUUUCAUUAGGAAGGAGAACCUGGAGUCUCUCACAUGAGCUCUCUGUAGGGAAUCUGCCACUAAAAUUCACCUCUCAGCCAUAGAACAGAAGGGCUUGGGAAUACUACAUCUUCCCUAUAUUAUUCACAGGUUAGUGGAGUAGUUAUUAGAUUUCUAUUGCUGCAAUAAGGACAGCUGACAGCCUGAAUGUUCAAGAUCACUAGCUAAAUCUAUCACAGCACUCACCCCUUUGCUAUCCUGAGAGUUUGCCAGUCUAAUCAAGUGACUCUCAAGGUGAUAUAAACUUUCAUAACCUAUAAGUAGAAAUCCCUUCCUGUUCCUGGUACCAUAUUUACAUGAGGAAUAGCUUGUAUCUGCCAGUUGUUGGUUAAGAAAAUGGAGAAGCAUUGCAAUUGUCACUUGACAGUGACAUAUAGCACAUUAAGAGUAUGUCUACACUGUAAUGUAGGCCUGUGUGUGAGCCUUGGCUCAAGCCUAACCCCCCCUUGCAUGUACACUGCAAUUGCGCUGACCUAGGGCUCGGACCCAGGGUUCCAGGACCCUGCAGGGCUGGAGGAGUUAAGCUGGUACCCAGGGUGCGAGACCUAUUACUUUGCAAUGUAGACGGAGCCCCGAUUGACUCAGGUCCUGGGAGUCAGCUGGAAGUAUCCCACAAUUCCAUGGGACAACUUCCUUGGUCUUCUCUAUCCCAAGAAUCUGCAAUCUACUCUAGUGAAAAUGGCAAAUAGCAGCAGCUCAGGUCAGUGUUAACCCAUUCUCUUCUGAUCACUGAUCUGCAAGCACCCUGUCAGAGACCCUCCUGGGCUUGCAAUGGAAAACAAACUGAUCAAGCCUUUUGCAAAGUGACCGGCUUCCUGGUAACAUGCAGGGUAGACAGUAAAGUUCUCCCAAAGUGCACCAUGGUCCUUGGGCUAGAGCAGCCACAUUUCAGAGGGUGGAGGUGCUAGGGAUUCUGGGAUAUGGUUACUAAGACUUCGGUCUGCGCGCUGCAGUGUGGAUGCCAGAGCCCUACACUCGAGCCUGGGUUAGAAAAGUCUUAAUAUAAGGUAAAAAUACAGUGUAGCCACUCAAGCCCAGGGUUCCCUAGCACAGGCAACUGACUCAAGUCUCACUAACGCUGGGCUUACAUUGCAGUGUAGACAUAUCCUAAAGCAUGGGCUGCGUACCAGCCAGAUUUAGAUGAGUCUUCUAGCACACUGCAGGUUUAGCACAAGCUGGAGUCCUACCUACCUUCUUCUCCCUCACAUUUAGCAAACAGUAGCCCCCCCCCCGCCCACAUCACUCCCCAUCCCUAUCAACCAUGGAAUGUGAAGCAUUUUCCUUUCAUGCCCUUCCCCAGUUCCAGAUUUGCAGAUUGCAUGUGUUGAAGUUGAGCACCUGACCUCAGAGGUUGGUGCAGCAAGGUGGGGUAUAGGUGAAAGAGAACAACUGGGAGUAGGCAGAAGGAGAAUAGUUCCACUGAACCUUAUGGAUCUAUCUCUUGGUCUCUGGCAGCCUUAGUCCUUGUUGGGCUGGUGAAUGGUGAUUCAUUUAGCAACACUCGAAAUUGUGCAGAGAAGGGGCAAGAGUAUUCCCUUCCUCUCUUGCAUUAAGAAAGGAUUUUAAUUUUUUCAGAAUCAAGGGGCAAAUGGUUUUUAUUAUCUGAUACUCAUAGAAGAGGAUUUCAUUCUUCUAAUCAUUGUGGUGAGCUUCAUUCAAAUUUACCUUUCCCUGGUUUACACUGCAUGUGUCAAACUAAUAAUUUAUAGAUAUAUAUCCAUUUUUACUUGAAAUUUUUUAGCAAAUAUGUGUAAGCCAAAAGUUUAAAAUCAAUUUACGCAAAGAAUUGUUACAAAUACAUGGCUGCAUCAUGAUCACCACCUAUUCCAGUGUGAGGGCCUUUAAUCCAAAAAAACAAGACUCACCACUUAAAGAUAAAGGGAUAUGCUCAUUAGCUGUCAGUAAUACUGCUUUUAUUUUCAAUAGGCCAGUCACUAGAAGGCAGUAGUACACAAACAAGAAACACAUUACAGCAAUGUAACCAUUACAAGUACAAAUUGUGUGUCAACUGGCGAACUACAUCACAGGACUACUUCAUAGUGGGUUCUGGGAAGUCGGCGGAUGCAAGCCUGCCCACUGCUAAAGCACCCUCCCGCAGCCUGUGGGAAGGAUCCACUGGGCCCGGGACUCAAAUAAUUACAUGGGACAACAGAAAAAUAACAGGGAUAAGUGUGAGGGUCAAAGGGUCAAAUGUAGGAAACCUGUAGGGGACACUGAGCAGAGAACCCUGGACAGAGCCCACUGCUCCUCAAAGGUGUCAAGGGAGCCAGUGGACGCCACCCAAGGAACUCUGCCCAGAUGUGUGAAUGGAGGGAAGAUUGGAAGUAGGCCCCACAGUCACAGGAAACCCCCUCAGCCAAUCACAGGACUACUUGUUAGGCAGAUACCAUCUAUAACCUUUGUUUUUCAUGCAUUGUUGCUUCUCGUUUCUUGCACCCUUCUCUCAUUUUACAGCUCUUCCUCAACAUCUUCUCUGUGCAGGUGUGAUUUUUAUUUAGUUUUUAAAUAUGAGUGACUUAUUUCAUUUAUCUUCAGUUUUACUUAAUAGCCUUUGGUUUUUUGAUUAAAUAAGGAUGUCAGUUUUCUUGUGCUUUCUCUCACCUUAAAUUGCUCUAUUUAUAUGACCCUUAUCUCUCCCCCUCAGAUUCUGACCCUCUUAUAAUUUGUCUGGAAAAAGGCUUAUUGGUUCCAGUUUCUGGAUCACACAAAGAAGUGUGGUCAUUGCCUCUCUCAUUAGUGUGCUUAAUUAGGAACAUAACAUGAGGACUGAACAUUAGAGUAGCCCUUGAGCUCCCAUUUUUGUCCCAGGUUGAGACAUGGCCUUCUGGCAUUGGGACUGUUCUCUGCCACAAAGUUCCCUCUUUCUAAAGGCGUCCAGAGAUUGGGACAUUCUAGUGAACAUCAAGGUAUUGAUAAAGUUUCUCCUCUGAACCCUGUGUUGGUACAUUCCCUUCCACCACAAGAGUAUUGCUAGGUUUCCCCUUCAAAGGAGUCCAAAAUCAAUACAUUCCCUGCUAGCUCCCAUACCUGGCUGAAGACCUGUUUUGCAGGGGUUUGGGGGCAGCUGCUGUUGGUCUUAGGUUUUGGGGGAUUCUUUUAAGAUGAUAGUUAUUUCUUUCAUUUUAAGGAGUUUUAAGAUUUAUGAAAGGAAUUUUAAAACAAGUUCUCUUUUGGUCUUUAAAAAAAGAGAGAAUGAGAGAGCCCCUGGAAUCUUAAUUUUCAGAGGAAGCUGUGAGAGUUGGCAAUGUUGCAAGGAAAAAAUAUAUUUAAAAAAACCUUAUGAAAUACUGCAGCAUGUUCACAUUGUAACAGGUUAUUCUUUGUUCUUUUACUAUUAAAAAUUGUUUUUAAAAUCCUGAA